UAACCGGCUAGCGAGUCUGUCGUCGAGUUGCCACCCUCUCCCAAACCUCGGCAGCUAAGCUGCACAGUCGACAUGGCAAGAAAAUAUCGCAACAAUUUCCUAAAAAGAGAUGAAAAACUUCCAAGUCUUUUGGAAUAAUAUUCAUCACGAGAUGUGAUCCACAAUCCACAAUGUGUGAGGACAUUUAAGAACGAUUGAGUUCGGAAGAAAAAAAUUGAUUCCAGUGGAAUCUUUCAUUAUAUAUAUAUAAAAUUAUAUAUUUUCCUCUGUGUUUAAGCUCACAUACAUUUAUUCACACCCAUCCCAUCAACAUAUAACCAUGCCAGUGCAAGCACCACAAUGGACAGAGUUCCUGCUGUGCCCGAUCUGCACACAGACAUUUGAGGAGACUGUUCGCAGGCCCAUCAGCUUAGGCUGUGGACAUACUGUCUGUAAGAUGUGCCUGAACAAGUUGCACCGGAAGGCCUGUCCCUUUGACCAGACAGCCAUCAGCACAGACAUUGAGCAGUUACCUGUCAACACAGCUCUGUUGCAGCUGGUGGGAGGCCAGGUUCCCAAGGCUCAGCCAGUUGCCUUGAUAACAAGUCCAGAGGACUCACAACAUUAUGAGGAGGCCAGGCAGUGUGUAGAAGAGCUGGCCCUCUACCUCAAACCCCUCAGCAACACCCGAGGUGUGGGGCUGAGCAGCACUGCUCAGAGCAUGCUGAGUCGGCCCAUGCAGAGGAAACUGGUCACUCUGGUCCACUGCCAGCUGGUGGAGGAAGAGGGUCGUGUCAGAGCCAUGAGAGCUGCCCGCUCUCUGGGUGAGCGAACUGUCACUGAGCUCAUCUUGCAGCAUCAGAAUCCACAGCAGCUCUCAUCCAAUCUGUGGGCUGCUGUCCGUGCGCGAGGAUGUCAGUUUCUUGGCCCAGCAAUGCAGGAGGAAGCUCUAAAGUGUCUCCUUGCUCUUGAGGAUGGUUCUGCUUUGUCCAGGAAGGUGCUGGUUCUCUUUGUAGUCCAGAGGCUUGAGCGCUUACCUCAGGCUUCCAAAACUAGCAUAGGCCAUGUUGUGCAGCUUCUUUACAGGGCUUCUGCUUCAAGGUAUGUCUCUGGUAGAAGAAAUAUGAGAUUCCUCCUUGAUGCAGCGAAAGAAGAGUUUCGUACUUACGAGGCUUUGCCGACGGGAGCAUGACUCUCAAUUGUUCAGAUUGCCAUGGAGGGUGGGAUGCGCAUUGCUCCUGACCAGUGGUCUUCUCUUUUGUAUGGGGAUCAGUCUCACAAGUCACACAUGCAGUCUAUCAUAGAUAAGCUGCAGACCCCAGCAUCUUUUGCUCAGAGUGUCCAGGAGCUGACAAUUGCACUGCAAAGGACUGGAGACCCAGCCAACCUCAACAGGCUGCGGCCCCAUCUGGAGCUUUUGGCCAACUUGAUCCCAGUCCUGAUGCUCCUCCUCCCUACAUGGGAACAGCUUGAGAAGGGUUUGGUGGCAGUGAAGACAGUGGUACAUGGCCUGGUGGACUUCAUCCAGAACCACAGCAAGAAAGGAGCUGAUCCUCAACAGCCUCCUCAGCACCACAGCAAAUACAAGACCAUGUGUCGUGACAUGAAGCAGAAGGGAGGCUGUCCGCGGGAGCCAGCUGCACCCUUUGCACACUCUCAGGAAGAACUAGAGAAGUGAGUCUAACAACAGCUGGUAAAUUAUUCACCAAUGAAUAAGCGUCUGGCAGCUCGCCUCCCUGGCUCAGGAGGGCUCUUGCAAGAUGACCCUCUUGAUGGCGUGACCCGAAAGCCUUCACCCUUGACCAAUGCUGGUGGAUCCUCUUGCCCCAGCUUAUUUGCCCGUGGCAACUGACCCGUCCCAUAUGAACUGUUGCGUAAACCUGUUAAGAUGGACGGAGGGAGUCGUGCCCCAGGAUCACCUCCUGAUGUCCUGGACACUGUGCCAACUGGCAUGACUCUGCCACCUCAUGCCAUGGCCCAUCCCAGGAUGUCACCAGAUAGUCUGUCAGUGGUGCCUAGAGGAUCACCUGUGUAUCCCCAGCCACAGCUCCCUGAGAUGUGCUAUGACUCGCCACCACCUUCUGCCUCUCAGUAUGAUCCCCACCCAUUCUACAGGUUACCCUACCAACAACCACCGCAGUAUGUUCCACGGGAUUACAUCCGUAACCCUCCUCCCCCAAGUGAGUCAGGACCUCCUUACCCGGACCCUUACUCUGGCUAUGGGCCUCCAGAGCGACCCUACCAGGCCCCUCACUCUGGUCCACCAUUCUCCUAUCCUCAUCCUUCACACUAUGACAGAGGUCGCCAUGGGACCUACACUGCUCCACCACCUCCCCCACAGCCUUACCCAUCUCAAAGGGAAAGCCUAGUCAGAAUGAGUCCAGCACCUCUAGAUGUUCCCCCAUCAUCAGCAGGGCAGUCUAACUCGCUCUACCACCCAGAGCCCCAGGCCGAGGAUAGAUAUCCAGCAGAUGGCUACUAUCCACCAGGUGCUCAACCUAUGCCUAUGAGGGCUUAUGUGAGGGGGCCGUCAUGUAGUGCUCAACCCAGCCUAGACUACCUGCAUCGGCGCCGGCAGGAGCUGUUAUCCCAGCUGGAGGAAAGGAAGGUCAUCUCCCCUCCACCGUUUGCUCCUUCACCCACUCUUCCCCAUCCCUUCCCCGCUGACUUACCCUCCCGUAUGACGAGGACCAACUCCAAACCAAUUACAAAAUGCAGACAGCCCAACUAUCAGGGCCAGUACUCUCCCCUGGUCUUGUGAACUAUUGGCUCAUACAUUGGUGGCACAAAAGAUCCCAAACCCAAAGAUGUUAUGGUUUCCUGGGUACUAUGGAGAUGAUGGAAUGUGGAUGCUAAAGCGCCUGAGAGAGAACCAUCAUUGGAGGCCCCUCGAAAGGGUACAGAAGUUAAGGACGAUGACCCCAUUAUUCCGUUUGGUCCCCUGCCCACUGUAUCACCCUUUGGGGCCAUCUCCCGCACCUCAAAGACAGGCUAUCAGACCACUGGCCCUGUGCAGGCUAUGGCCUCCACUCCACAGAACCCAACUAAACACAUGGCCAUGCCAGCAGAAUACACAUAUGGAAGCCAUGGAGGAUGGGGUGCAACUUCAUACCCCACCCACCAGAACGCCUCCACCUCUCAGGGACAUUUUAGUGAGCGCCUGUCAAUGGCAGCCCCAGACAGAGAGCUGUUAAAGAUUGAGCUGCAGCAGGUGAACCAGCAGAUCAGCCAACAGACACAGAUUCACAGCAUGGAGGCUGCCAGUAACUCUUUACUCCCGCAGAGGGAGCCCAGUGCAUUGGCUGCUCAGCCUGGGCAGCCCGGCCAGGGCCAGGCAGCAGUAGCCCCGCAACAGCAACAACCCAAGUGGCCAUCAGGGGGAGUAAGUGCAACAGCUGUCUCCAGUGAGCAGCUUAGCCUGGAGCUUCACCAGGUGGAGAGAGAGAUUGGCAAAAGGACCCGUGAGAUGGCGAUGGAAAACCAAGUUGCCCAUGAUGUUCAGCAGUACAAGAUGAAAUCUGCUGAGAAUGGACAGCCAGAGCAUAAGACUCCGCUGGACGAAAUGUCCCUGGCACUUGCUGAGGUGUCAAAUGGCUCCAGCAGUCUGCAGGAAAGUGCAGUGGGCGGGUCCAUGCUGUCACUGACAAAUAAAGCAUCUGCAUUGAGCUUGUGUUCAGAUCCAGGUGUCACUGGUUCAGAGAUACAGAAGAAUGGUGUUGUCCAUUCCUGCUCUUAGGAAGUACACACACACACAUACACACUCUCUCACACACACACACACGCACACACACACACACGCACUCACACAUACAGGAUGCUCAAUUGAAAAGCAUGCACAGGCACACAUACACCCAUUCUAUUUAGAAGAUGAGCAGUAUCUGCCGUGAUGAAUUUUCUUUCUUUUUGUUCUGUGAAUGAGCUUUUUUUUUAUGACUUUCCUUGCCUGGAAACCAGGGCAUAUGAUAACAUUUCUUGUGUGUGUUUUUUUUUUUUUUUUUUUUUUUUUUUUUGUACUGGGUUUAGAUUAACAAGGCUCACAUUAGAUUCAGGAAGAGAAAAUGGUGGUGAUGUUGACAGUGUUAUUACAAUUUUUUUUUUUUUUUUAAGUAUAUGCCUGUCCAACCUCAAAGACAACUAUAAAAGUAUUUGAUCCUCAUACAAAAGAAUGUUAAUUAGUUGAAUUAGCAAACAUGAAAAUGAAAGGUUAGAAAAAAAAGGAGCAUAUUGUAACAUCACACACCCUUAAGAACUUUUGUACAUCCUGAUUUAUGACAGGAAGAAGACAGCAGAAAUGUCACUCUUGGUACUCGCCUCCCAAAAUCGUAAAAAAAGAAAAAAAAAAAAAAAGGUUGCCCAGAUCUAGAUGUCUGAGGAGGGGAAAUCAGUACAAUAUUCCACCUGGAUUCAGCCAAAAUUGACAUGCAGGGUAUUUUAGGAAUGAAGUGUUUACACCACAUGCACUUCCUCACCUGCCACAAGAAGUAUUUUUAUUAUUGCAUUUUAUGAACAUAUAUGUCUGUUUCAUAUUUGAAAGCAGUAUAUAUUUAAUUGGAGCAUUCUGUUUUAAAGAUUGCAGUAAGUCUUUUUGAUAAUGAGCUUUCUGUGUUUUCUAUAAGGGAAUCUACUAGGUGCUUCU